GACAAGAGUAAAUACUGAAUUCUAUUACAUCAAAAGUAUCCUUCCACUAACCACAUUGUUUACCGUCCGUUGGAUUCAAUUGAAGGUCAACAUUGUAAGGACCUUUGAAUGUGCAUAUCAUGCAAAAAGAAACUAAACCCGAAGACUCUAUACCCGGAAUUUUAGAGUCCACACCAGUCAUUCCGAAACACAAGAAAUCGCAUGUGUCUCGUUUGCUUGAGACUUUAGCCGUUUUCCUUCAUAGUGUCAGCUUGACGCUUACUGCAUCUUGGUUUACAAUAUUAUGGAUGUUUUUACCGAUAUGGCCUAUUCUUUUGGUAUAUAUAGGAUGGCUAGUAUACGACGACGCUUUCACGACAUCUAAGGAUCGUCAAAGUUCAAGGUUAAGAGGAGCUGCUCCUUAUCACUGGUUUUGCCAUUAUUUCCCUAUUCGUCUUCACAAAACAGCGAAUCUUGACCCAAAGAAAAAUUAUAUUUUCGGCUACCAUCCUCACGGGAUUCUUUCCCUAGGAGCCUUCGGCGGCUUCGCAACACAGGGUGCUGGAUUCAGCAAGCUAUUUCCCGGCAUAAACACUUCAGUAUUGACGCUGAAUUCUAAUUUUUAUGUACCUGUAUAUCGUGACUAUUUACUCGCUUUGAACGUUAAGUCUGUUUCAAAGAAGUCUUGUGUAAAUAUUUUGACCAGAAAUCCUGGCGACAGCGUUGUUAUUGUAAUUGGGGGAGCACAGGAAUCGCUGUUAUCCCGCCCUGGCCAAAAUAAUUUGGUAUUGAAGAAGAGAUUGGGAUUUGUCAAAUUGGCCUUUUUGACAGGGUCGAGUUUGGUUCCUUGCUUUGCUUUUGGUGAAUCUGACAUUUUCGAGCAAGUGGACAACAAUCCUCAAACUCGCAUCUAUAGAUUUCAAGAAAUUGUAAAAAAAGUAGCCGGUUUUACUAUCCCCUUUUUCUAUGGUCGAGGACUAUUGAACAAGACAUUUGGCCUUAUGCCUUGGAGAAAGCCUAUCAAUAUUGUAGUCGGAGAACCCAUCGACUUGCCCAAGAAGUCGGACCCCACAAGUCAAGAGCUCUAUGAAGCUCAAGAGGAGUAUAUUCGCCGUCUUGAGGGAAUUUGGAACAAUUACAAAGAUGUAUUUGUUCCAGAAAGAGUUAAAGAGUUACAUUUGGCUGCUUAAAUGUCAUCAUUUCAGGUUUUCUCAUAAUUCUUUUUUCAGCCUUUCAGGUCCUUUCUAACUUUCUACAUAUUUAUAUUCUUCCCCUCUUUUAAAUUUUGUUACUCUUGUUUAAUUGGCCUUUUCUUCAUUUAUUCCAUAAAGUUUGUCACUAUACUUACUGUUUCUUCUUUAUAUAUAAAUACUUCUCUUACCUAACUUCACCUAUGCUUACAAUCUUCUCUCCUUUCUCGAAUACAUAAGAAUUCAAACAUGCUCUCGAAUUUUUCUCUUCCCGUUGAUGUAUGAAACAGAACUGCUAUUUUGAUAAAAGAUGUUCAAGACGAGCCUUUAGGCGGCCAAGUAGGCUUUCUUACGAUGCCAAAUAGACUCGCUUGUAGAAUAACCAAUCUUCUACAAACUUAAUUACCAGAAACAGCCUUAUUCAUGUUGCUUUAACUACAAGUUGUGCCUGUAAUUAGGAUAGGAUGGCUGUAAAGUAGAAAACACUACGGCGAUACUGGUCAACAAUAGUUUAUAAAGAAGAAGGUAAAUCCUACUGAAUUAUUGUUGUUAUUCAUUGCUUUUCUAAUAAACCCCUUAUAAUUUUGCUUUGUAGUUUAUAUAUAUAUGUCAUUGUUGAUUAAUGC